AUGGCUGCUCCUCCCAUCAAAAAGGCCUGCGACGCCUGCCAUAGGAGGAAGGUGAAAUGCAGCGGCGAGCAACCAUGCAACAACUGUGCACAAACCAAUCUUCAAUGUACCUAUCUUGCAGUUCCCCAGAAGAAAGGGCCCAAAGGAUCUCGCGGUAAAGUAAUCAGCGGCAUCCGAAGCACACAGCAAGAGACCAAUCCUCCCACCACUUCGGAAUCUGCUGCGCCUCCGUUUGAGAAGGAGCAUUCUUUCGACUUCCACAGCCUGCCCAAGUCGCCUCCGAAUGCACAGAAUGUCUCGUUGCUGAGCAGGCAGACCAUUGAAAAUUGCAUCGACUUCUACUUCAACAACAUGUCGACUACGGCGUGGAUUCUUCACUGCGGAGCACUCAAGCAUGCCAUCUCCUCGCGCCUCAUGACCGACCCAGAGCUAUACUGUCUCACUGGUUCACUCUGUGCAUUCGUCAUGGUUCAACCAGGAAUGAAUCUGGCCGUGGCCCCAGGAAGCUACUAUGAGGGUGAGCCUCCGGAAAAUCGAUAUGGUUAUGCCAACAUGAUUCUGAAUGACAUUAUCCGCACCCGAAAGUCUCUCAAUUACGUCGAGUCUCCCACGUUGGCUUCCGUCCAAACAUCCUUCUUCCUAUUCAGCUGCUACUUCACGCUUGAGGAGCAGAACCUAUGCUGGUUUCAUCUGCGAGAAGCUGCCACUCUAGCUCAUUUGAUGGGCAUGCACGAAGAGUCGUCGUAUCUUCUCGCUGAUGCGGUCGACAGCAUGUACAGAAGGCGGAUGUAUUGGCUCCUUCUUGUCACCGAACGAGCAUAUGCUAUGGAACGACACCGCCCGCUUACGCUGCACCCAACAAUCGAACCGCCAACCACGCAUGAUCAGCAAGAGGAAGAUAUGAUAUCAGGCUUUUCCUAUCUGAUCAGCCUUUUCAGUUGCAUUGAUGAUGAAUUCAUGGCACUCUGGAACAAGGUCAAAACCGACUGCUCUGCAACUUGGCUGUCUCGGCUUCAGCAGCAGCUGAAGGAUGCAUUACCCAGUGAGCUCAAAACGACUGAGAGCCAGAUCGCCGAUGUUCGUGUUACGAUGAACUGGCUCCGCAUUAUGGUAUGGCAGCUUUCCAUUGCGAAUGGAUAUCUGUCCUCGUCCUCAAAUGAUACCUCCAUGACAUUCAAAUAUCCCAUCGAAGUUGCUAGGGACCUAGUCCGCGAGCUCCAAGAUUUAUCACUCGAUGCAAUGGAAGUCCAUGGAGUCGGGCUGAUCGAGAAGCUCUUCGACAUUGCCUGCACGCUGACCGAUGUCGUUGCCUGUGUACCCUUCGAGGCGUCAGCGAACGAGACACCCUUCGCUACUCUCAACAAGUUACUUAAUCUGAUUUCACGGCUACGUGGCGGUGCAUCUCGCUACCUUCCACUACUCCUCACCAAAGUCUCGGAAACACUACCAAGCAUAGCUGAACCUGUUCCGGUAGAGCUUGACCCGCUGCAGCUGAGCAUAACACAAGGAUAUGCCGGUGCAACCGAUAAACUCCCUACCCCGGCACCUGCACAAUACUCUUCCCUAGGGAGUUUCGGCCCGGAGGGAUUCACCUUCGGGUGCCAGUAUUCUCUCAACCAAAUCCAAGGACAGGUGACACAGCACGACAGCAGUCCAGCCGGGCUUAUGUUUGACAAUUACAGCCCGAGCAUCGUCAGCACCGAAGCUACAAGCAACCCCACCCCGAGUACGUUGGGAACACCUCCUGCUGGGUACUUAGGGCUUUUCGGACAGACAAAGACAUCGCAGUCUCUGCCCCCAGUUCCUCGGAGUGUACCUGUCGGCACAGAGUCGGGCACUAAGUACGACGGAUAUGCUGGAUAA